AUGGCCGAAUCCCUUGUUUCGGUAGAACAUACGCUGGGCUAUUCUAAGAAGAAGGCAGAUGCACUGAGAAAAAUUACUGAAAAAGAGCCAGAGCUGCUCCAUUUUCGUGACAACGAGUUGGAAAAUCCACUUCAUUUUGCAUCAUCCCUAGGUAAUCUUGAAAAAGUUCUGUUCCUGUUAAAGGAAACUAGUGCAGUUGAAAGCAGUCGAGAAGGCAACUUGUCUAUCCAUGUUGCGUGCAAAAAAGGCCACGUUAAAGUAGUAGAAGAAUUGCUUAAGCAAUGGUCUGAUCCUAUGGAAUUUGUCAAUCAGAAAAGGCAGGAAAUCCUUCGAGUGGCUGCUGUAAAUGGACAAGAAAACUUGGUGAAGUAUAUACUUGCAUGCAAAUGUGACUCCAGCAUCUUUGAUGCGGACGACAGCGUUGAGGCCUUUAAAAGGUGUCUUGAGAGAGAUUCAGCAGAGAAGCUAGUGACUCCCUCUGGGAAUUCACUACUUCAUGUAGCUUUAAGCUAUGGAAGUGACAAAAUUGCAGAUUAUCUGGCUAAAGAGUUUCCUUCUCUAAUCACCAGACGAAACAACCAGGGGGACACAAUCCUUCAUGUCGCUGCCAGAGAAGGAAGGGUUAGUUCUACAACUAAAUCUAUUGUGGGAUUUAAUCCGAGCUUGAUGAAGAAGACAAAUAAAAAAGGAAACACUCCUUUGCAUGAUUCAGUGAUCAAGGGUCAUAAAGACGUUGUAGUAUGGCUAGUUACCAAAGAACCAGAUGUGGCCUAUUACAACAACAAGACAGGCAAGUCUCCUCUGUAUCUGGCUGUUGAGAAUAGCAACAAGAAAGGGGUACUUGAUCAUCUCUUGAAUACGGAAGCUCCGGUCCCUUCGAUCCCUAUAAAAGGAGAAGAUGAUGAAUCCCUUGGCAGUCUACCAGAAGGAGAGUCCCCUGUUCAUGGUGCCAUCGAGCAUCGUAACAUAGAUAUACUAAAGAAAAUUGAAUCAGCGAAGCCAGAGCUAUUUUGUCUCAAAGACAAAGAGUUGAGAAAUUCACUCCAUUAUGCAUCAUCCAUAGGUUAUCUGGAAGGAGUUCAAUUCCUAUUGCAGAAGUUUCCUGCCAGUGCAAAUGAAGGCGACCAGGAAGGAAACUAUCCUAUCCAUCUUGCCUGCGAAAAUGACUCUGUUGAUGUACUAAAGGAAUUUCUGAAAAUUUUCCCAUAUCCGAAAGAAUUCCUCAAUGAAAAGGGGCAGAACAUCCUUCACGCAGCGGCCGCAAAUGGAACAGGCAAUGUGGUGAGGUACAUACUCAAACAGGAUCAGAAUCUCAUCGAACCGCUGCUAAAUGAGAUGGAUGCGGAUGGAAAUACACCUUUGCAUUUGGCAACACGGCAUGGCCAAUCCACGGCUGCAUUUGUUCUUGUGCGUGACAACCGUGUUGAACGUUCAAUUGUAAACAAUGAUGAUUUGACACCGUAUGAAAUUGCUGAACAACAAUCCAAAAUAGCUGUAGAGCAAUAUGGGAAAACAGAUGAGAUGCUUUCUGAGGAAAUAAAGCACUCUGCUUCAAACAACAAUUCCCCUGUGGACGGGACCCCGGAUGGCCAAGUUGAUUCAAAAGUUGUGAAGGAUGAAAUGAAGAAUUCUACAUUAGAAAAGUCGGCCGGUUCGACCAGUUCUCAAACAAAGGACAAAGAAGUUGAUCCAAAGAAGCAAGAUAGAAAAAAGGCAUCACCAAAGGAUUACGAAGUGCUAAAUUAUUAUGGAGCGGCAUUUCACGGGCAAUGCUUUUGGAUGAUCUCCAAAGGCGAUGAAGAAAAUGACUACAUUAUCGAUCCUAUACUUCCAUGCCCCCCUAAGAAAACCCUACGUGAGCAUUUCAGUAGUACUCUAGCCAAGCCACCAAGGAAAGAGGAAACAAAAAGCAGGAUAGAGAAUCUUCUUGUGGUAGCAGUGCUUGUUGCUGGUGUAACCUUUUCUGGUGCUAUACAAUUGCCACAAUUAAAGAGUAUCAAUAGCUCAAAUGAACAUCAUCAUGACUUUAAUAGCACGUUCCCUCAUAAUACCACUGCCUUUGACAGUCCCACUGGUUCAUCUCUUCUGGAUGGUUAUUUAUGUCUUGAUGUGUGGGCUUUAAAUACCUCUGUGGUGGCGGCUAUAAUCCUUCUCUGGACAAACUUGAAUGAUGUCAAGUUUGCACCCAUUGUAGUCUGGUUUUCGUCCUUAAUGGUUGGUGGAUCUAUCUACAUGAUGUGCUUGGCCUUCUUUUUUGCUGUGAGCAUAGCAUUGGGUGGAUCCAAUUAUGGAGUGUUAGCAACCAUCAUUAUAGUCGUGGGAGCUGUGUUUUUCGUUGCUCAAACAUUGCUUUACAUUCAAUGGAUUCUUCCACCAUCAGUCAACCAGAUUCUUGAAGGAAUGCUCUCGCAUUAUGUCUACUACUUGUCGUUUUUCCUGCUUUUCUACAGUUGGAGGUGGCUGCCGGAUAAACUUUCUGAGAUCAAGAGAAAGCGAAGUAGCUCUUCAAGUUGA